AUGGAUCCAACCACAUUUGCAAUCCCAAGCCUACGACGAAAGAGACAGAAGCUCACCACAACUGCGUGUGAGCCAUGUCGAAACCGCAAGAUUCGCUGCGAUGGUAACAAGCCAAGCUGUGAAGCAUGUUCGAAGCGCUCGCAACAAUGCAUCUAUCAAGUAGCUCCGGAUACCACAAGUUCUAAUGCCUACGUCGACUCAUUGGUCAAUCGCGUAGCUCAACUAGAGCAAGAGUUA